AUGGCACCCGAAGUUGCACUUGACGGGGGAUUCGCUCUGAUCACCGGGGUUGCUUCCAAUGUUGGUGAGGAGAUAGCGAUUGCUUUUGCACAUUCCGGUGCAGAAGGCAUCCUCCUUGAAGUACCGGAGCUGCCUACAGCCGAGGCGGUCGCAGAGAAAUGUCGAAAACAUGCCCACCAUCCUCGAUUUCGUGUGAUAGUGGCCAAGGAGCAGACUGACAACGACGGAUCAGCCACGAACCUCGUAGAUACAGCAGUCAGAGCAUUUGGGAGGCUUGACUACUGUGUCCACUUUUCUAUGACUCUAGGUCUACGCCAGCACGAUCAUCCUGAUAUGUUCCAAACCGCCAUCGAUACUUACGUCAAGAGCACUUUGUCUAUCCUAUAUGCAGCCUCACUGGAGAUGUCAAAGCAAGAACCUCGUGUCCAGUCUACCGUGCGUCACGGACAUAUGCGUAGCCUGGGAAGGGGCUCUAUUGUUGUCGUGAACCCCGUGAGCAGCACAAUGGUGACAGUGGGCCCAGUGCUCUACGUGGCUUGCAAGCACGCCGUUCACAACAUGGUCAAAGCCAUAGCCGUGGAUAACGUCAACUGUCACAUACGUGUGAAUAGUGUAUGCCCGUACUUGAUCAAAUCCUCCAGUCAAUGUGACAUUGGGUCGCCGCGUAACCUCGCCACUCCAGAGGAUAUUGCAGAUGCAGUCCUCUUUCUGUCCAGCCCUGCCGCACGGUCCAUUAGUGCCGAGUCUCUGGUUGUUGAUGGCGGGUAUAGCCUUUCGCCGAUCAAGAUGCGUCUAUUAAGUUGA